GAAAGACAUAUCUGUGAGCAUUGCAAAUACAGGUGAGGAAGAAACAGAAGGAUGAGAUGAUGAUGGUUCAGUGCAGACCAGCAGCGGCCAUAUUUAGUUUAUCUCUCAAACCUUCAUCAUCAUCUUCUUCUUCUUCAUCUUCAUCUUCUGCAAAAAUGGCACUCAAUAAUUUCAACAAAAACAGGACUAGAAAGCUACCAGUGUUGCUGUUCGAUGUAAUGGACACCAUCGUUCGCGACCCUUUUUACCAUGACGUUCCUGCCUUCUUCAGAAUGUCUUUGAAGGAACUAAUAGAAUGCAAGGAUCCAACUGCGUGGAUUGAGUUUGAAAAGGGGUUGAUAAAUGAGACGGAGCUUGCUAGAAAAUUUUUUAAAGAUGGAAGGCCUUUUGAUUUGGAAGGGCUUAAAAAUUGUAUGAGAAGAGGAUACGCCUACAUAGAAGGUGUUGACGGAUUACUUCAUGCUUUGAAACAAAACAACUAUGAAAUGCAUGCUUUCACAAAUUAUCCAAUCUGGUAUGAAAUGAUUGAGGACAAGUUGAAACUCUCAAGCUAUUUAUCUUGGUCCUUCUGUUCAUGUAUUACUGGGAAAAGGAAGCCCGAGCCUGAUUUUUACUUGGAAGUUCUGAGGCAUCUUGAUGUUGAGCCAGCAAGCUGUAUCUUCAUUGAUGACAGAAUAAAUAAGUAUAUGCGGAUAAUUUGGAUGCACAUAACAAUAAAAAUACAACUGGGGGAAGGGACAGACAGAGGACAUUGCUUAAUGAUUACCUACUCAUUUGUACGGUUGGUUACCCAUAUCAGGUUGAGAAACGUCGAGGCAGCAAUGGAUGCUGGCAUCAUUGGUCUACAUUUCAAGGAUGUGAAUUUACUGUGUCAGGAUCUCUCUCUCCAAGGCAUUGAUAUUUCAGCAAACAAACACAAUAGAAAUCAAGAUCCGGCCGAGCAUGAACAAGAACACUUGUCUUGAGUUCUGUGGUUUAUCCUGAUUCAUUACCAGAAACAUAAAUCGACAGACUAUGGGAAGACACUAAUUACUUUCCAUUCUAAGAUGGGUAAAGAGCACUCCAGUCACCAAGAACAGUUUCUUCGGGGUUGUGGAAGGAAAACUUGUGUUGUUUCUUAAAUUCCUAAUACAAACUGAGGGAUAUUCGAAUCCUACCGUUGUUUGCUUUUAUUUAUAUAUUUAUUUUUAACUAGAGACAUGAAAGGCUUUUCUUUCUUCAAGUAGGGAGACAGCAUGGUUAGCAAUCCAAAAUGACAGUGUGUUUGGGAGGUUGGUGUUGCUAAGUUCUCUGUAGAAUUUACUUGUCAAAAAUAAAAACAAAGUGCAAAAAAGCUUUAGAAAUUGCAGGUUAAAUCUAUGUAAUUCUUUGCUCUGUAA